AAUCAUACCUUGAACAUUGUUUAUGAAGAAAUCUUAUUAUUAAGCAAUACUAUAUAAAAGUUCUUAUGUAUGAUUCUCUUCUUAUACAUCUUUUCACUGUUUAUUAUCAAUAUUGAUUAUAUAUUUUAAUUUAACUUAUUACUGUUAUUUCUUUUUACAGAUCAAAGAUGAAUCCUCAGUAUAAAUUACUACGAGAAAUUACACCAUCUACUAGAGGAUGGAUAGCAAAAGUUACUGUUAUUGAAAAACUUAUCCCACGUAUCUCUCGCAAUGGAGUAUUGUACCAACGUAUAAUUCUUGCUGAUAUUGAGAAAAAUCGUAUACAAGCUACUUUGUAUGGCAAUGCAAUCCAUCAUUUCGGAGAUACCUUAAAUGUUUCACAAGUCUACUUAAUUUCCAAUGCUUAUAUAAAGCCAGUACAAGAAGAGUUUAGAAUUGUUGACAACCAAUUUGAAUGGAGCCUCAAUACUUCUACAUCAAUUGAGGAAACUACUGACGAAAACCAAUGGAAUUUUGAAGAUCUCUACAACUUGUAUUAUCUUGAUCAACUAGAUGCCUACGUUGAUACAAAAACUUCUGUUGAUAUUGUUGCAGUUGUAUUAAGUGCUGAUCCAAUAAAAAAAAUCCACACAAAGUCUGGACCUGCAAAUAUUCAAGAAUUUCUCCUUGUUGAUCAAAGCUUACAACCCAAAACUUUAACUAUGUGGGAUGAACUAACUGAGACCGUUGGAAAAACAAUAUGUGAAAUUCUUCCACAAAAUCCUAUUAUAAUAGGAACACGCCUGAAAGUUGUUUCACACAACGGUUAGAAUUAUUUCAACUAAUUAUUUAGUAUUAUUAAAAGACAUCUUAUAAUAUAUUUUUUUUAACAAUUCAAUAGGUAUAUCUUUAUCAUCCAAACAACAAAGUUCAUUUAUUAUUAAUCUUACAAAUAUUCCACAAAUAAAUGAGCUUCGUCAAUGGUAAACUAAUUCAUACUUAUUUUUUAUAAAUUAUUCUUUAUUACACCUAUCUAUAAAUAAUUCUUAUAUAUCUGAUAAUUUAAUCCUAUAAAUUAAUAGGAGCAUUAACAAUGAAGAAUACCUUGCUGCCAUUAUCAAUGAGAAAAGACUCUU